AUGCGCCACGGAGCCAAACGGGGAGUUCAGCAGGCAGCAGAGAAAGCACGAACAGAAUCGGGAGCGGCGAUGAUAGGAAUUCAGCCGAAAAACAAUGGCCCCGCUGGAAUCAAUGACAGUUGGAACGAUCCGUGGAUCUGGGGAAACAAGACGCUCGUCUCGUCCACCGCCUCGGACCAGUUUAUCCGCUCCGGCCACCGAGUCCGUUCCUCCAACCGUCCAUCGAACAGCUAUCAAACUCCCCUCUGUUUCCAACUGGCCUUUUCAUUCAUUCGUCUUCAGGUUGUCCGAGGUCGCCAUGGCUGUCAGCGGGCUCAUUGGAGCGCUCCUCCCCCCGAGCUGGAAUGUCAAGAGCUAACAUGGGGCAUCUCACAUGCAGAUAUGCUCUUCCAAGGCGAAGGCGAAGCUUUCAAUGUCGGCCGUUUCCUUGAGGAGGUAUCUCCUUUCGCCUUUGCGAACAUUGGUAUUGCGAUGUGUAUUGGUUGUUCGGUAGUCGGAGCUGCAUGGGGUAUCUUCCUGACUGGCUCAUCGAUUGUGGGUGGUGGUGUUCGGGCGCCUCGCAUCCGUACUAAGAACCUGAUCUCUAUCAUUUUCUGUGAGGUCGUGGCUAUCUACGGCGUCAUCAUGGCGAUCGUUUACUCUGCGAAGCUCAACGCGGUCCCCGAGAGCGAGAUCUACACCCAGAGCAACUACUACACGGGUUAUGCACUCUUCUGGGGCGGUAUCACUGUUGGAUUCUGCAACCUGAUUUGCGGUAUUUCUGUGGGUAUCAACGGCAGUGGUGCUGCUCUCGCCGACGCGGCCGACCCAACCCUGUUUGUCAAGAUCCUUGUCAUUGAGAUUUUCAGUUCCGUCCUAGGACUGUUCGGUCUUAUUACUGGUCUAUUAGUGGGCGGGAAGGCCUUGGACAUUGGCGCGGCCUAA